GCCUUCCAGCUUCUCUCCGAACUGACGUCACUUCCUGUUAUCAGGCAAAUAUGGCUGCCGCCGGCAACUCGGCGCCGACCGUGCCCACAAAUGUUGUCAUUAAAACCGAGCCUGAGCCCGAGGCUGACGUGGUCUCCAGCCCGUUGRAUGUGCCGGUUUUGCGGAACCCGGYGGUGCCUCUCCUGUCCCCGGUGAGCGGACCGCAGCCUCUGUCCUGGUCGGAGGACCACCGGCUGGCUGUGUGCACCUCCAGCUCCCUGACUGUGCUGGAGCUGGUCUGCGACGUCCGCAGCAACAAGCAGGACCUGACGCUGCACCGGACCUCCAUCUCUGCCGCGAACGAGACGCACAAACUGCGGGUGGGACUGCCAGCGGAGGUAGAUCCGGCGAUGGAGAAGUUCACCACACACCCUGAUCCCACUGUGAGGCAGGUCUUCCUGACCGACACGGCCAUCAACCCGUCCGUCGGCGAGCACAAAGGAAUCAAGUACGCCAGCUGGUCUCCGACAGGCUGCGACCCGAACGGACGCUGUCUGCUCGCCUGCCUGACGCUCGACAACAGGCUCACCGUUCACUACAGCCACAGGCGGCUGGAGUGGAACCUCCUGGUUGAUCUGUCCAAAAAGUACGGCAAGAGGCUGAAGGAGCGAGGCUACGCUAAAAAGGACGGCGUGCCUCCGGAGGCGAACCUGUCGGACUUCGACGAGCUGCAGCGCCGGUUCCGCAUGCAGACGCCCCUGAGGAUGGAGUGGUCGAGCGUCUACGCGGUGCGGCAGGUCCAGCAGGACAACGCCUGCGUGAACGUGGACAUGGUGCUGCUGGCCGUCCUGAUGGAAAACGGGGACCUGGUCUUGUGGAGGUUCGGGCUGCCGUUCGCGAGCGGAGACGACGUGGAGUUCUACGACCUGAUCGAGUCGGGCGUGGCCCGGCCCACCGGCRUGGCGUGGUGGGAGUACGAGAGCGCGGACCGCCGGAUGAGCGGMCUGAUCGUCGGCAGCGAGGUGGGACCCGUGAGGAUCGUGCCGGUGGGCCUGUCGAAGGUCAGGGGCUACUUCACCCUCCGGCACCCCAUCAUCCUGUGGAAGGAGAGCGACCUUAUUCCCGUUGAAAACAUCCGAUGCGUCUCUCUGGUCCAYCCCGUCCAUAAAUCCAGCUGCAGCCUCAUCGUGGCCUCGCGCGGCUGCUACGUCUUCUGGUGUUUGCUGGGGAUUUCGGACAGCGGACUGGACGUGCGCAACUCGCACCUGACGGGGCUGCACUCCCUUCCCGUGGUCUCCCUGGCGGUCAGUCGGCACGGCGUUGCGGUCUACACGUGCUCCUUGGACGGCUGGAUCAAGAAGCUGACGCCACAGUUCACAGAGAACUCUGUGGUUUUUAAAGUGGAGGACUUGUCGCAGCCCGAGAGCCUGGCAGGACGGAGGCUCCACGGGAUCGCCAUGAGCUGGAGCGGGGCUUACAUCACCGUGGCCAGCACUCAGGGUAUAGUCGACAGCGUUCACCCCAUCACCCGGUCCUACAAGCUUCACUUCCUGGCUCUGACAGCUCCUGACGCCGCGGCGGCGCUCCUGCUCAAGUCCCCCGCCCAGAACCUGUAUAAAAUGGCCGACCUGCUGGACCUGCUGAGGUGGGACGUGCUGAAAAACAAGCGCAUCCCGGCGCCGCUGCGGGAGGAGCUGGAGCAGAAAACCCAGGAAGCGGACUUGCCCUACUUGUGGCGACUCAAGCUGUUUCUGCUGCGGACCCUCCACCAGGCGCUGCAGGCCCCGCCGCAGCAACACUCCUGGAAACCCAACCUGGGGGCGGACCAGGAGGGAGCGGACUCUGACGGGGCCAAAGAGGAGGAGCAGAGGGCCGAGGUGCGGACUCAGAUMGGAACUCUAGAGACCCGUCUGAUGAGGGAAAACAUGAGGAAGGUGUUGGGAGUGGUUUACCUSAACACCUGGAUCACUGAGAACACCAGCGUGCCCACCUGUGGCCUGAUGGAGUACCUGUCCAGRGAUCCCAGCGACAGAGCUUCAGAGGUGUGUGUUGUCAUACCAGGCCUGCCAGACGCUGACGUUCAGACGCUGCCUCCUGCAGGACAGCGUUGCCAGACUGCCAGAGCCUGAGGAUCCAGAGUGGAUAAAGAAGAUCCUUCAGGCUCCCUGCGUUCUCUGCGACUUCCCGAUGAUCUAAAAUAACUUUUUUUUUUCUCUGCGCCUCUCAGAGCUCCACAAUCUCUGACAGARUCCUCUUUAUUUACACCUAACUGUUAUAUAUAUUGUAUAUACUGUAUCUCUGUAUUUUAUAUUAGCUUUAUAAAGUCUAAAUAAAUAAAAAAUAAUAAGC